AUGGAUAGGAGAAAUGACUCCGAUUAUAAGAUGACCCCGUUCCAGCCUGAGCUUCACUUCCCUCCAGAUGUACAGCCUGAGACAACAGAAGAAGAUAGUGUCUUGCUGAUGCAUACCCUCUUGUCAUCAACCAAGGACCUACUAGCUAUGGACCCACCAGUUGCCAACCGGCCUAAGAAAAGCAAGACCAAGAAGGCCCCUAUUAAGGCUAUCACUAAGACAGUACGCACUGCCCCUCCAGUUCCAUCUGCCAAUGUGAUUACCACCAACAAGCCUAAAAUAACUUUUCUGGCUUUAAACCUGCCAAUCAUCCCCCAGAUCAACCAGGCUUCAGCUACCACUGAGGUAGCCAAUACUCAGGCUUCUUCAUUCACUGCUCAGCCUAAGAAAGCCAACAAGACAAAGAGAGUUACUGCUAAGGCAGCCCGAGGCUCCCAAUUUCCAACUGGCAGUGAGAGUGUUACUACACAGAUCAAGUUACCCUUGUAGGCCCUAAAUGUGCCAGUCAUCCCACAGACUAUCCAGACUCCGAUUGCCACUGAGUCAGCCAAUUCUCAAGCCUUGUUAGCCUCCAUCAAGCCUAAGAAAGCUCCCAAGGCUAAGAAGGCUAACAAUAAGGCCAUAACUAGUGCCACUGAGAUCUCACUGACUCCAUCCACCACCUACUCAGCUACCAUCCAAGGCCAAAUUACCUCCAUCCGAACUAAGAAAACCUCCAAAGCCAAGAAAGCAACUGUUAAGGACACAAAUACUGACACUGAACUCCUAGAGACCCCAGAUGCCACUGAGACAGCUACCAGGCAGAUUGAGGCCUCAGCAGCAGCUAUCUGGCCCAAAAAAUCCAAAGUCAAGAAGGCUGCCUAUAAGGGCCCAAAUUCUGCCUGUGAGAUCUCUGAGGCCCCACCUGCCAGUCAAAUGGUCACAAAACAAGCCCUAGCAGCCACCCUCCGGGUCAAGAGAAGGUACAGGGCUCAGAAGGUUGCCACUAAAGCCCGGACAACUGAAAGCCAGACUCAAAUUGACAAAGGGGCCCAGGCCAAGAUGACUACCCCUCAGAUCAAUAUAAGUGCCCUUGAGACUCAGGUUGUUGCUGCUGUCCAGGCCCUGGCAGAUGACUACCUGGCUCAGUUGAGUCUGGAGCCAACAACCAGGACCCGGGGCAAGAGGAACCGAAAGUCCAAGCAUCUGAACGGGGAUGAGAGAGGUGGUGGUAAUUAUAGGUGGAUUCCAUGGGGCCGGAGGCCUCCGCUAUCCUGAGAUGUGGCCAUUUUGCAAGAAAGGGCAAAUAAGUUUAUGAAAUACCUGUUGGUUAAGGACCAGACAAAGAUCCCCAUCAAGCGCUCAGACAUGCUGAAGGAUGUCAUCUAAGAAUAUGAUGAAUAUUUCCCAGAGAUCAUUGAACGAGCAAGCUAUGCUCUGGAGAAGAUGUUUCGAGUCAAUCUGAAGGAAAUUGAUAAACAAAGUAGCUUGUAUAUUCUCAUCAGCAUUCAGGAAUCCUCUGCAGGCAUCCUGGGAACGACCAAGGACACACCCAAAAUAGAUCUUCUCAUGGUGAUUCUGAGUGUCAUUUUUAUGAAUGGCAACAAGGCCAAUGAGGCUGUCAUCUGGGAGUUGCUGCCCAAGUUGGGGCUGCACCCUGGGGUAAGGCACUCGCUCUUUGGGGAAGUGAGGAAGCUCAUCACAGAUGAGUUUGUGAAGCAGAAGUACCUGGAAUACAAGAGGGUCCCCAACAGCAGACCACCUGAAUAUGAGUUCUUCUGGGGCUUGUGCUCCUACCAUGAGACUAGCAAGAUGAAAGUUCUCAAGUUUGCAUGCAAGGUGCAGAAGAAAGACCCCAAGGACUGGGCCGUGCAGUACCGGGAGGCAGUGGAGAUGGAAGUCCAAGCUGCAGCUGUGGCUGUAGCUGAGGCUGAGGCCAGGGCUGAGGCAAGAGCCCAAAUGGGGAUUGGAGAGGAAGCUGUGGCUGGGCCCUGGAAUUGGGAUGAGGAUAUCAACUGCCUAACAAGAGAAGAGUUAGGUAAUGAUGCUCAGGCCUGGGGCAGAUUUUCACUUGAAAUUGAGGCCAGAGCCCAAGAAAAUGCAAAUGCCAGCACCAACAUUGACUUCAGCAGAGGAUCUAGCACCAGGGCUAGCUAUAGCGAUGGUGCUAGUACUAGCUUCAGUGGUGUCCCCAGCCCCAGUAAUGUCUUUGGUGACAGGGCUGGCAUUAGCUUUGGUGGCACAUGCAGCACCAGUGCCAGCUUCAGCAGUGUAGCCAGCAUUAGCUUUGGGGCACCUUGCACCAGUACCAACUUCAGUGGUGGGGUCAGCUCUAGUUUCAGUGGCCCACUCAACACCAGUACAAGUUUCAGUGGUGGAGCCAGCUCUGGUUUUGGAGGCAUACUCAGUACCCCUGCUGGCUUCAGUGAUGCACUCAGUAUGAGCACCAGCUUUGGCAGUACACUCGGCACCAGUGCAGUCUUUAGUGGUGCACUUAGCACCAGCACUGGCUUUGGUGGCACACUCAGCACUAGUGUCUACUUUGGUGGCUCUCCCAGUUCCAGUGCCAGAUUUGGUGGCAAACUCAGUACCAGUAUCUGCUUUGGUGGCUUUCCUAGCACCAGCACUGGUUUUGAUGGUGUACUCAGUUUCAGCAAUAGCACUGACUUUGGUGGUACACCAAGCACCAGCUUCUGCUUUGGUGAUUCUCCCAGCACUAGUGCCAGCUUUGGUGGUACACUCAGCACCAGUCUUGGCUUAGGUGGUGCACUCAACACCAGUGCUGGUUUUAGCAGUGCUGUCAGCAUUAGCAUUGCCUUCAACAGUGCACCCAGUGCCAACUCUGGCUUUGGCAGUGUGUUCAGCACCAGUACUGACUUCAGUGGGGCACCUAACACCACUACUGACUUUGGCAGUGCUCCCAGUACCAGCAUUAGCUUUGGUGGAGCCCCCAGCACCAGAUUCUGCUUUGGCAGUGUGUCUAACACCAACCUAUGUUUUGGUGGCCCUCCUAGUACAAGCACCUGCUUUAGUGGUCCUACCAGUGCCAGUUUUGGUGAUGGACUCAGCACCAGUGCUGGUUUCAGCUUUUGUGAUGGGUUAAGCACCAGCACUGGAUUUGGUGGUGGACUGAGCACCAACUCUGGCUUUGGUGGUGGACUGAUCUCCAGUGAUAUCUUUGGUGGUGGGCUGGGCACCAAUGCUGGUUUUGGCAGCACACUUGGCACCAGUGCUGACUUUAGUAGUGGCCUCAGCAUCAGUGAUGGCUUUGGCGGUGGGCCUAAUACCAGCUUCGAUGGAAGACUGAGCACCAUCAUUGGCUUUGGCAGUGGUUCCAACACCAGCACUGGCUUUAUUGGUAGACCCACUUCCAUUGUUGGCUUUGGCAGUGGACUGAGCACCGAUGCUGACUUCAACGGUGGACCAAGCAGUAGUGCUGGCUAUGGCAGUGGACCGAGCAAUGCUGCUGGCUUUAGUGGUGGAGCCACCAGCCUUGGUGCCUGUAGCUUCUCCUAUGGCUAG